AUGUCCGAAUCGCAACCACCCCUGCGCUUUACUGGCCACCACUCUCUUGCGCAUCGUUUAGUCUUAUCCACCCUCACAGGUAGGGCAGUUCACAUAUCACAGAUCCGUCCCUCGUUACCAUCGAAUCCUGGACUCGCUCCCCACGAGAUCUCUCUGCUUCGUCUGCUUGAAGCAGUGACGAAUGGAGCACAUAUUGAAAUAUCCUACACGGGGACCAUUCUACUCUACAAACCCGGGUUGAUUAGUGGUAAUGCGGCCGGAAAGAGUGCCAUUCGUCACGAAAUAGCAGCAACAUGCUUAAGAGGUGCCAGCUACUUCCUUGUACCGCUUGCUCUCCUCGCUCCAUUCUCCAAAGCACCUUUCAAUGUCCUCUUGACUGGGCCAGGAGUCAUUACUUCUAGCACACUCUCAGGCGAUAUUAGCGUUGAUACUGUCCGCACUGCCAUACUACCACUAUAUUCAAAGUUUGGGAUAGAUCGGAAUAUCGAGUUGAGAAUUCUGCAGAGAUCCAAUGCCGGCACGCGUGGAAGAGGAGGGGCUGGAGAAGUACAGAUAAUCUUUGGUCAUCAAAUCAGAUUGCCAAAGACAUUACACUUUAUGAACUGUGGCAGAAUUAAGAGAAUUCGGGGUGUUGCUUAUUCUACAGGAGUCUCAGGUUCAAAUAACGCAAGAAUGAUUGAUGCGGCAAGAGGGGUGUUGAAUCCAUUCGCAGCAGAUACAUACAUCUUUUCCGAUGUUUCGUCGGCGGCACUGAUUGCAGCCCCAGAGAAGAACAACCCUGGGGCAAAGAGAAAGGUGGGACUGGGUUUUGGUCUUUCGCUUGUCGCUGAAUCCUCAACUGGAACACUCUAUUCUGCUGAUGCAGCCUCUCCACCAGCUGGAGGUCAGCCUCCGGAAGAUAUUGGUCAGCAAUGUGCAUAUUAUUUGCUUGAAAGCAUAGCUCGUGGUGGAUGCGCAUCUCUUGAGGCUGCUCCGACGAUGCUCACUCUCAUGGCAAUGGGGUCUGAGGACAUUGGUCGCAUUCAGCUUGGGAAAGACGUCAUCGGGAAUGAGAAAAUCAUCCAACUUGCAAGAGAUCUCAACAAUUUUGGGGCAGCAGGUUGGGGCAUUCGUGAUGCUGAGGACCAAAGCAAAGACGAAGUAAUCGUGAGCAUUGUUGGCCGAGGAAUUGGGAAUGUUGCACGCAAAAUAGGCUGA